UUCCCUUUUCCAAUUUUGGGAGUACUUCCUGCUAGGCGUAUAUCUAUACUCUAUUCUGAAUUCUAUUUUGCGGAAUGAUUUCAGGAAAUAGCUAAAGUAUGGCGGAAUCCGUUGAGCUCCCCGCUCGCCUUGCAAUCCUUCCUUUCAGGAACAAAGUGCUGUUGCCUGGCGCUAUAAUUCGAAUUCGAUGCACUUCUCCUCGCAGUGUGAAACUUGUGGAGCAAGAGUUAUGGCAGAGAGAAGAGAAGGGAUUGAUAGGGGUUCUCCCUGUACAGGAUUCUGCAGAGACUACUACUGUUGGACCUACCUUAACUCCAGGUGUGGCAACUGAUCAAGUGGAGCGUACACCGAAAAGUCAGGGUCUUAUGACAGAUGCUCACAAACAUGAUGGAAAAAACCAGCAUGAAGUUAUUCACUGGCAUAAUCGAGGGGUUGCUGCUCGAGCUCUUCAUCUCUCAAGAGGAGUAGAAAAACCGAGUGGGAGAGUCACUUACAUAGUUGUGCUAGAAGGACUGUGCAGAUUCAGUGUACAAGAGCUAAGCACAAGAGGAACAUAUUAUACAGCAAGGAUUACUUCUCUCGCUAUGACCAAGACCGGAUCUGUUGACAAAGCAGACUAUUGGUAAAGGACAUGAGUCAGCUGGUCUUUAUAUUUUGGAUACAUCAAUCACAAAAGAGAUGGAGAAAGUAGAGCAAGACCAGGAAUUCAUUGCACUGUCUCGCCAGUUUAAAACUACUGCAAUGGAGCUUAUUUCUGUCCUUGAGCAGAAACAAAAAACUGGAGGGAGGACCAAAGUUCUUCUGGAGACCGUUCCAGUACACAAGCUGGCAGAUAUUUUUGUUGCUAGCUUUGAGAUUAGUUUUGAAGAACAGUUAUCUAUGCUGGACUCUAUUGAUGUCAAAAUGAGGCUUUCCAAGGCAACCGAACUAGUCGACAGGCAUUUACAAUCAAUUCGUGUUGCGGAGAAGAUCACCCAAAAAGUUGAAGGGCAGUUGUCGAAGUCUCAAAAAGAGUUUCUGCUACGUCAACAGAUGAGGGCUAUAAAAGAGGAACUGGGUGAUAAUGAUGAUGAUGAUGAUUUGACUUCCCUCGAAAGGAAGAUGCAAGAUGCAGGAAUGCCCGCAGAUAUCUGGAAACAUGCUCAUAGGGAACUAAGGAGACUAAAAAAAAUGCAGCCUCAGCAACCUGGGUAUAAUAGCUCGCGUGUGUACUUGGAGCUUCUUGCAGACCUUCCCUGGCAGAAGGCUAGUGAAGUGCAUCAUCUGGACCUGAGUGCUGCAAAAGAGCGUCUUGACAGUGACCACUAUGGUUUGUAUAAGGUUAAGCAGCGGAUAAUAGAGUACCUAGCAGUUCGCAAGCUCAAAGAAGAUGCAAGAGGUCCAAUAUUGUGUUUUGUUGGCCCACCCGGUGUUGGGAAGACAUCUUUAGCUACAACUAUUGCUGCUGCUUUGGGCAGGAAAUUUGUACGCAUAUCUCUUGGUGGUGUCAAAGAUGAGGCUGAUAUCAGAGGUCACAGGAGGACAUACAUUGGAAGCAUGCCCGGACGUCUAAUUGAUGGAUUAAAGAGAGUAGGGGUUUGUAAUCCGGUCAUGCUACUGGAUGAGAUUGACAAAACAGGUUCUGAUGUGAGGGGGGAUCCUGCUUCAGCACUUCUUGAGGUCCUUGAUCCUGAGCAGAACAAUGCUUUUAACGAUCAUUAUCUGGGUUUACCAUUUGACCUCUCGAAAGUAAUAUUUGUGGCAACCGCAAAUAGGAAGCAACCCAUUCCUCCUCCACUCUUAGACAGAAUGGAAGUCAUUGAGUUGCCUGGGUAUACACCAGAAGAAAAGCUUAAAAUAGCGAUGCACCAUUUAAUCCCGAGAGUUCUUGAUCAGCACGGCUUAAAUUCUGAUUUCCUUCAAAUUCCCGAGGGUAUGGUGAAACUUGUUAUCCAAUGGUACACUAGAGAAGCUGGUGUGCGUGAUCUGGAGAGGAACUUAGCAGCUUUAGCACGUGCAGCAGCUGUCAGGGUGGCAGAACAACAUACUUUGCCCCUUAACAAAGAUAAUAUGCAAAGGCUUACUUCACCGCUCUUGGGUAGCAAACUUGCAGAGGGUGGUGAAGUCGAAAUGGAAGUCAUCCCAUUGGGUGUCAAUAAUCAUGACAUACCAAAUGCGUUUUCCAUUGCUUUGCCUUUAAUGGUUGAUGAGUCUAUGCUCGAGAAAGUGCUUGGACCCCCAAGAUACAAUGAUCAAGAGACUGCAGAGCGAGUUGCCUCUCCUGGAAUAGCUGUUGGGUUAGUCUGGACAGCAUUUGGGGGAGAGGUACAGUUUGUUGAGGCAACACAUAUGGCGGGAAAAGGAGAUCUCCAUCUUACAGGCCAACUAGGGGGUGUUAUUAAAGAGUCUGCUCAGAUUGCACUAACAUGGGUAUGCUCUAGAGCAACAGAACUCAUGCUGUCAACUUGUGAAGAAAAAAGUGUACUGGAUGGACGUGAUAUUCAUAUUCAUUUUCCUGCUGGGGCUAUACCCAAGGACGGACCAUCCGCUGGGGUAACUCUGGUUACCUCUCUUGUUUCAAUGUUCAGCCAAAGAAAAGUUAGAUCUGAUACAGCAAUGACGGGAGAGAUGACUCUGAGGGGACUAGUGUUGCCUGUUGGUGGUAUCAAAGAUAAGGUUUUGGCGGCCCAUCGUUAUGGCAUCAAAAGAGUAAUCCUACCGGAGAAGAACUUGAAAGAUUUGGUUGAAGUCCCAGCAACCGUGCUCUCCAGUCUGGAGAUAGUCGCCGCCAAGAGGAUGGAAGAUGUGCUGGAACAUGCCUUUGAAGGUGGUCUUCUCCCUCGGAGGCAACACUCAAGAUUAUAAUGACAAAUGGACUUGUACAGUAACUGUUACUGCUCCAGUUUUGAGCCUGCUGCCGCAAAUCCUUUUAAUUAUGGUUUGUAAAGGUUUAGCGUGUAUGUAAAUUAUUCCAUACGGAUUUACGCAUAACGCAUCCUAGAGGUUCCCUUAAUCAAUCGAGAACAUGUCCAAACAUUUACUCCUAUGUUUGGAUUGAUUUCCUUACUGCAUUCACUCUCAAACUGACCGCAAUAGAUUGCAUUAUUGCAAACCAAACCAACAUGGUAAAUCGUACUAUUUUCAAAGCUAUUACUUGAACUAUAUGACAGUCAUAUAGUUAUGCUUGAACACACUUUUAACUUGUGUCGUUUGUGAUGUCGUAUAGCAGUCGUUUUUUUAAUAAUU